AUGCCACAAGCGCUUUGUGAGGACAUCAUCCGAAAAUCGAUCUCCAUCGACAACGUAGUCCAGAUCAUGAUGACUGCAAAGGCGCACCGAGCGGAUGGCCUCAAAGACAUUUGCAUGGAUUUCAUCAUCACCAACGAAGAGAAAAUCAAGCCAACGCCAGCUUUCAAGGAGCUGAUCCAGGAGCCAACACUGAUGUACGAGCUCCUGAUGCGGUUCCUGCCCCAGAUGCGAUGGCAUCCCAAUACCGACAAUCCUGAGGACUGCACCAACAAGGCGCUCUACAACUUAGACUCUGUGGAGUGCUUGGGCAGGGCUCCAUCGCGCAUCAAGCAUGUUGCAGGUAAGGCGCAGCGACACCACAUGGCGUUAGUAGAACAGCCCGUGGAGGCAGGGCUUUCCAGGAAGCACGGUAUCGAGUUCGAGAAGUCCUCCCGGUUUUCGGCAGGGAAGACCGCAAUGUUUGCUCUGUUUGCAUGGUUCCUGUACAUCCUACUGGACCCUCUUCACUGCAUGCAUAGCAUGAAUGUAGGAUCUGUUACGAACUGCUCUGUCAUCAGGGUUCUGAACACGCUUUUGCGAUACAGGCCCCACGCAUUCCUCGAGAUGCCGACCCCGGCUGCUGUAGGCAUUCUGGGAGAGGCGAACGCGGAAGUCAUGGACAUGAGCGUGCCAGCAUCACCGCGCAAUGACGGAGAGGCCUGGGAGGCCGGGCCGGCGCCUGGACCACCGAACCGCUAUGCUGACAAGGCACAGGGGCUCUCUCUGGCGGAGCGGCUUCUCCAGCUCGACUUCUCGGACGACGAGGAUGAGGGCUCUCAGCCAGCUAGCCCGGAGCAUCCAGAACAGGAGGCUGACGGCUUGGACCCCGUCGCAGAGGAGGACGCCUCGGCCGCAGUUGUCGUCGAAGACUGCCAAGAGUUCGUCCAGGAGGCUGACAGUGAUGAUGACUGA